GUUGAUCUUCAACCAACUUUGGAUAAUGAAAAGAAAUGACUAGGGGGAUGCUGCUUGGCGUGUCUAAUACUGUGGGAGUCCUCGCUGGUGUCUUUGGCAAUGCAGCCACUGGUAACAUCUUGCAACAUGGAGGAUUCAUGAUCAUCUCGGGACUUUAUCUGGUCACAUUGGCAACCUAUCGUGAAAAACGACAAGCAGUUUUGGGUGGUCAACAUGUUCGGGCAUCUGAGUCACCAGUGAUAGGUCACAUUACCAAUUGAAUUGAGCGUGGGCUGUUGCUAUUCGCUGCUAUUUGGCAUUUGGGCGGUGAAGCCAUUCACAAUUACCACGCGUCCUCCACAUAUUCCCGCACCGCCAUACCUUUUUAGGCUACAAUCCGGCCGCCUCAUACUUCAAGUUCAAAGUGACAUUAGAGAGAGAAAGAGAAGGGGAUGCAAGACAAAGAGAGAAGCGGGCAUCGGGUUUAUGGUUUAGAUGUGUCAAAGAGGAUGGACAUCUUUCAAAGGUUAAUUUCCAUGUUCACAUCCUUCUAAUCAUUUUCGAUCAGGUAUCCUUAAUCUCCCAAAUUCAUGAACACGGUAUGGCAUCUAAGGUUUUCAUUUUGGGGUUUUUUAGUUACGAUGGGAUUUUAUAAGAUAUUAAAUCAAAGUGAACAGGGGAAACUGUUAUGGUUAUCCAC